GUGACUCCUUUGAUGGACGCUUAACAUUUCAUCCAGGAAAUCAGACUGUGGCCUUGCCUUUCAUAAAUUUCAUGAAGCGAUAUGGCACCGUCUUUCUCAAGGCCUAUACCAAUUCGCCAAUUUGUUGUCCUUCCCGUGCAGCUAUGUGGAGUGGUCUUUUCACUCACUUAACCGAAUCUUGGAAUAACUUCAAAGGCCUAGAUCCAGGUUAUGUAACGUGGAUGGAUCUUCUGCAGAAGCAUGGCUACCACACAAAGAAGUUUGGGAAAAUAGACUAUACUUCUGGACAUCAUUCAGUGAGCAACCGUGUGGAAGCCUGGACCAGGGAUGUUGACUUCCUGCUCCGACAAGAAGGGAGACCCAUGGUCAAACUUACUGGGAAUAAGACACGCAUAAGAGUGAUGGAAAGAGAUUGGCAGAACACUGAUAAAGCAGUAAAUUGGAUAAAGGAAGAAGCCAUUAACUUUACUCAGCCAUUUGUUCUUUACUUAGGAUUAAAUUUACCACAUCCAUAUCCAUCACCAUCUACAGGAGAAAAUUUUGGAUCCUCUACAUUUUUAACAUCUCCCUAUUGGCUUAAAAAGGUAUCAUAUGAAGCUAUUAAAAUUCCCAAGUGGUCUUCUCUUUCAGAGAUGCAUCCAGUAGACUAUUACUCAUCUUACACCAAGAAUUGCACAGGAGAGUUUACAAAUGAAGAAGUGAGGAAUAUCAGAGCAUUUUAUUAUGCCAUGUGUGCAGAGACAGAUGCCAUGCUUGGUAAGAUUAUUUCAGCUCUGAGAGAUACCAGGCUUCUAAAGCAAACAAUCAUCAUAUUCACUGCAGACCAUGGAGAACUUGCUAUGGACCACCGGCAGUUCUAUAAAAUGAGCAUGUAUGAAGGGAGUUCCCAUGUUCCUCUUUUAGUUAUGGGGCCAGGCAUCAGACAGCAACUGCAAAUAUCAAAUGUGGUAUCUCUUGUGGAUAUUUAUCCUACUAUGCUUGGAAGCCCCAAAGUUUAUGUAACAUAGGUGGGAUUCUCAACCAUGUUUUCCAGGAUAUGCCAGAGGAUCUUUG